AUGUCGUCCUCGAUGAAGAACAGUCACUUCAAGCUGCUUCAGCAGUUCAAGCCUGAUUACUCGUCGAGUGAGUUCACUCAAUAUGAAUCACAGCGUACUGGAAUGAGAGUGGUCGUUAUCGACCAGCCUGGCCCCAAGGUCGACGGCUACUUUGCGCUUGCUACAGAGAUUUGCGAUGAUUCAGGUGCUCCUCACACUUUGGAGCAUUUGUGCUUCAUGGGCUCGCGCAACUACCGCUACAAGGGCUUCUUGGACAAGCUGGCUACCCGCGUGUACUCCAAUACUAAUGCCUGGACCGCUACUGAUCACACUGCCUACACAUUGGAGACUGCAGGCUGGGAAGGCUUUGCGCGUAUUCUGCCAGUCUAUCUUGAGCAUGUGAUUGCUCCUACUUUGACUGACGAAGGCUGCUAUACUGAGGUACACCAUAUCGAUGGAUCUGGAAACGAUGCUGGUGUCGUGUAUUCCGAGAUGCAGGGUGUGCAGAACGAUUCCUCUGAGCUGAUCGAUCUGGCAGCCCGGCGACUGCUUUAUCCACCUGGUGUGGGCUUCCGCUAUGAGACUGGAGGUAUGAUGGAACAGCUUCGUGUUUUGUCUGCAGAGCGGAUCCGUGAAUUCCACCGUGAGAUGUAUCAGCCUAAGAAUUUGUGUUUGGUUAUCACCGGAGAGGUCGACCAGAACAACAUGUUGGAAAUCUUGGACAAAUUUGAAGAGACUAUCUUGGAUGUUAUCCCCAGUCCGGAUGCACCCUUUAAGAGACCUUGGGUGGAUUCGAAGCAGGCCCCUCCCCUGGAGAAGUCGAUUAUCCAGAAGGUCGAGUUUCCUGAGGAGGAUGAAUCAUACGGUGAAAUCGAGAUCCGUCUCAUCGGACCCGAUUGCACCGAUUCCGUUCAAUCCGGAGCUCUUAAUGUGUCCCUGUUGUACCUGGCUGGUGGACCUGCAGCUCUCCUGGAAAACAUUCUUGUUGAGAAGGAGGAACUGGCGAGUGCCGUUUACUAUGCUACCGAGGAUCGCCCGAACAUGGAGAUUAAAUUCACAUUGACCAGCGUCGAGACAGAAAGCCUGGAGAAGGUUGAAAAGAGAUUCUUCGAAAUCCUCCGGGAAGCGAUGGACAAGGAACUGGAUAUGGAGUAUUUGAAAGCGUGCAUCGAUCGUCAGCGCCGAAGCUGGAAGUUCUCGACUGAGAGUUCUGCUUCCUCAUUCGCAGAGUACGUUAUCUCUGACUUCCUGUACGGAAAGCGUGACGGCUCCACCAUGAUGGACGUCGCCACUCUGAAGGAAUAUGAAGUUCUCGAGACCUGGUCCGAGGACCAAUGGCGAGCCUUCAUCAAGAAAUAUAUUUCUGAUGCCGCUCAUGUUACUAUCUUGGGAAUCCCCUCCAAAAAAAUGUCCGAGACACUGAAGAAGGAUGAAGAGCAUCGCGUUGCUGCUCAGAAGGAACGCCUUGGCGAGAAGGGCUUGAAGGAUCUUGCCGAUAAGCUUGAAAAGGCCAAGGCAGAGAAUGAUAAGGAGAUUCCACAGAAGUUGCUGGAGGAAUUUGCAAUCCCCGGAACCGAGUCAAUUCAUUUCAUGGACACCAUCACAGCUCGUUCGGGUGCUGCUCUGAAGGCUGGACGCCCUGACAACAAGAUCCAGACACUGGUUGAUGCCGACAAGUCUGACUCGUCUCUCUUCAUCCACUUCGAGCACAUUCCUAGCAACUUUGUUCAGCUUUCCGUUCUUAUCUCGGCCGAUUCCGUACCCGUUCAGCUGCGUCCUUUGCUGUCUAUUUACACCGAAGCCUUCUUCAACAUUCCCGUCCAGCGUGAUGGCAAGACAAUCGAAUUUGAGCAAGUCGUUGUGGAGUUGGAGCGAGAUACUGUCGGGUAUUCGAUGGAUACUGCCCGUAGUCUUGGAAACAACGAGAUGCUGUGCGUCUCUUUCCAGGUCGAGCUGGAGAAAUAUGAGAAUGCCAUCGCCUGGCUGAAAGAGUUGUGUUGGAAGUCCAUCUUCGAUGAGGAGAGACUCAAGGCCAUCAACACGCGUCUUUUGGCUGAUGUGCCCGACUCCAAGCGCAGCGGUGAAGACAUGCUCGCUGCAGCCCAUGUGAUGGUUCACUACGCAGAGGAGUCGAUCAUCCGUGCCCGCUCCACUCUGGUCAAGGCCCGUUACCUCAAGUGCGUCAAGCGUUUGCUCAAGGACAAGCCCGAGGAAAUCGUCAGCCGCAUGGAAGAGAUCCGCAACUCGCUCUUCCAGCCUAACAACGUCCGCGUUAUCGUCAUUGCCGACCUCGAGAAGCUCAAAAAUCCCGUUUCGGCCUGGCAGCCCUUCGCCGAGACUCUCGGCACCGGCACUGACCUACAUCCCAUUACCAACCGACGUGCUCGCCUCAGCGAGGUCGGCAAGACUGUCGGCGGCAAGUCUUACAUCGUGCCCAUGCCAACCGUCGACUCAUCCUUUGCCUACGCCACCAGCCGUGGCCUGGACUCCUACGACCACCCCAGCCUUCCCGCAUUGAUGGUCGCAAUCUCGUAUAUGAACUCAGUCGAGGGGCCCCUCUGGGUUGCUGUCCGCGGUACUGGUCUGGCGUACGGCACCAACUUCAACCAUAAUAUCGAUACUGGCUUGGUCCACUUCGAUGUGUACCGGUCUCCUAACGCACACAAGGCUUUCGAGUCCAGCAAGAAGAUUGUUGAGGACUAUCUGUCUGGUGCUUCGACUUUCGACCCUUUGAUGCUGGAGGGUGCUAUCAGCAGUAUCGUGGUUAAGUAUGCUAAUGAGCAGAUGACCGCUGCCCAUGCUGCGCAGGGUAGUUUCAUCCGCCAGGUCGUGCGCAACUUGCCUAGCGAUUACAAAGAGAAGAUGCUUAAGAAUGUGCGCGCUAUCACUGUUGACCAAAUCAAGGGUGCUAUGCGUGAUAUUCUCUUGCCGAUAUUUUCUCCUAAGACCGCGAAUCUGGUCGUCACUUGCGCGACUGUGCUGGAAGAGCCCAUUAAGCAGGGCUUCGAGGCAUCAGGCUUCACUCCCACUGUCCAGCCCCUUAAGGACUUUGAAGACGACUACGGUCUGAAGGCUGGCAACGAGGAUGAGGAUGAGGAUGAGGAUGAAGACGACGACGACGAAGAUGACGAGGACUCCGAGACUGGCUCCGAGGAGGAGGAGGAUGAUGAGGAUGAAGAUGAAGAUGAUGAUUGA